UAUUUGUGGUAUGACUUUUGCGGCGUCGGUUGAAGCCAAGGGGAACGCUACGGUAGUUUACAGUAGUAUUUGUUCCGAGCGGGUUGCUUACUUCCCAGCUGAUGUGAUUUUCAGUGGAAAUAAAGUCAAAAGAAAUGUGGGUGUGAUGGAAAUGCUUGUGUGAUUGAUUGUGGGCAGAAAGCCCUGGUUGUGAGUCUGUGUGAAAAAGGCAAUUUUUCUGUGAUUUUAUUUGUUUUUUUUUUGUGGUGAAGUACUAAUGGAUCUCUCUCUCUCUCUUCUCUCUCCUUUCUUUUUUCCUCAGGCUUGGUAAAGCUGGGAGUGCACUGUGUCACAUGUCAGAAAGUUGCCAUUAAGAUUGUGAAUCGGGAGAAGUUGAGUGAGUCUGUCCUUAUGAAGGUGGAGCGGGAGAUCGCCAUUCUGAAGCUAAUAGAACACCCACACGUUUUAAAGUUGCAUGAUGUCUACGAAAACAAGAAAUAUUUAUAUUUGGUUUUAGAGCACGUUUCUGGCGGGGAGCUCUUCGACUACCUGGUAAAAAAGGGCAGGUUAACCCCCAAGGAGGCCAGGAAGUUCUUCCGACAGAUCAUCUCUGCGCUCGACUUCUGUCACAGUCACUCCAUAUGCCACAGGGAUCUGAAGCCAGAGAACUUGUUGCUAGAUGAGAAGAACAACAUCAGGAUAGCAGACUUCGGCAUGGCCUCCCUGCAGGUUGGGGACAGUCUCCUGGAAACCAGCUGCGGGUCUCCCCACUACGCCUGCCCAGAGGUCAUUAGGGGCGAGAAAUACGACGGGAGGAAAGCAGACGUAUGGAGCUGUGGAGUCAUACUCUUUGCACUCUUGGUGGGGGCGCUGCCAUUCGAUGAUGACAACCUGAGGAACUUGUUAGAAAAGGUGAAGCUGGGCGUCUUUCACAUGCCUCACUUCAUCCCGCCAGACUGCCAGAACCUUCUGCGAGGGAUGAUCGAGGUGGACGCCACCAAGCGGCUAACGUUAGAUCAGAUUCAGAAGCACACAUGGUACAUAGGAGGCAAGAAUGAGCCGGAGCCAGAGCAGCCCGUGCCCAGGAAGGUGAUGAUCCAAACGCUGCCCUCCGCCGAGGACAUAGACCCGGACGUCCUGGAGAGCAUGCACUCGCUAGGCUGCUUCCGAGACAAGAACAAACUGAUGAAGGACCUGCUGUCGGAGGAAGACAACCAGGAGAAGAUGAUCUACUACCUGCUCCUGGACCGCAAGGAGAGGUAUCCCAGCCAGGAGGACCAGAACCUGCCCCCUCGCAACGAGAUCGAUCCUCCCAGGAAGCGUGUGGACUCCCCCAUGCUGAACCGGCACGGCAAGAGGAGGCCGGAGCGUAAGUCCAUGGAGGUGCUGAGUGUGACAGACGGCGGCUCGCCGGUGCCAGCCCGCCGCGCCAUCGACAUGACGCAACACGGACAAAGGUCGCGGUCCAUCAGCGGAGCAUCCUCCGGCCUCUCCACCAGCCCCCUCAGCAGUCCCCGGGUGACCCCUCACCCCUCCCCCCGGGGCAGCCCUCUCCCCACCCCCAAAGGGACCCCUGUGCACACGCCCAAGGAGAGCCCGGCCGGCACGCCCAACCCGACCCCCCCGCCCAGCCCCUCCAUUGGUGGGAUGCCCUGGAGGACACGCCUCAACUCCAUCAAGAACAGCUUCUUGGGAUCGCCACGUUUCCACCGCAGGAAACUGCAAGUUCCCACACAAGAGGAGAUGUCCAGCCUGACCCCGGAGUCUUCCCCAGAACUUGCCAAAAAGUCUUGGUUCGGUAACUUUAUCAACCUGGAGAAAGAGGAGCAGAUCUUUGUGGUCAUCAGGGACAAGCCCCUGAGCUCCAUCAAAGCAGACAUCGUCCAAGCCUUUCUCUCAAUCCCCAGCCUCAGUCACAGCGUGAUCUCCCAGACCAGCUUCCGGGCGGAGUACAAGUCCACGGCCGGGCCCACCGUCUUCCAGAAGCCUGUCAAGUUCCAGGUGGACAUCACCUACACCGAGAGCACCGCCGCUCAGAAGGAGAACGGCAUCUACUCCGUCACCUUCACGUUGCUCUCAGGUCCGAGCCGACGUUUUAAGCGGGUGGUGGAGACGAUCCAGGCCCAGUUGUUAAGCACACACGACCAGCCAGGAGUUCAGCAGCUGUCUGACGAGAAGAACGGUCAGGUGCCCCGCCCGACACCUGGCACCCCCCACAGGCAUGCCCCCCCCAACAGCAGGACACAGGAGGCCGAGGUUCAUGAGACUAAGUACCCGGCGGGCAAAGACAAGGCCAACCUGGUGCCAUCUUUUGGAACACAGGAGCAGCCUUAGACGAGGAGUCUUAGCAGACUACCACGCUCGAUAAAAAAAAAACAUACAAAUAAAAUCAAGCAAACAAAUAAACAAACAAACAAAUCAUCAAAAAGCAAAAAAAAAUGCAAAAAAAGAAGCAAACAGUCAAACACUUCUCUCUAUUUCUAUUGUUCAUUUCUUGACCUUUUGCCCUUUUCCCAAAACAAGUGUAGACACCAGAGAAUGUAUAUAGGGCUGGCUCCACUGUACAUACUUGUAAUGCAAGCUCCCUUUGGACUAUGAAAAGCUUGUUUUGUAUGGCAGAAUGACUGUGUACAUAUGUGUGUACAUAUAAUAUAUACAAGAACAAAUAUUUUACAGAUAGCACAUUGAAAUACACCCACCCACCCCCACC